AACACGUAGUCUAAUACUUGUCUAUUUGUCAUCGGCGGUAUGAACAUGUCCCGGUCGUUUUUUGUGGAUUCCUUGAUCGGGAAUACUCCCAGGACCUAUCCGGAAAAAAGACUUUCAACUCCUUUAUUAACAAAUUCGGCGUGUGUGCCGUUUAGUGAACCGCAAACGCCCUUAGUGCCUUUUUCGUCCAAUUACAUCAGCAGCUAUCUGUUCUCGUUAAGUUUGGCCCAACAGCAACAUCAUCAUCAUCAGUUCUUCAACCCAUUACUAAAUCCUUCUCAUCAUAAAGGGCCUAUCAAACCCAUUGCAUCACUACCACCCGCGAGAUUUCCCCAUGCAGGGAUCAAAAGAAGCCUGUCACUUUCAGAUGACGGUUGUGAAGGAUUUACUAUCAAAAAAUGCAGGAGCAACUCCAGAGAAGGACUCUCGCCAAUUCAUAUAAGUCCUUCAGGGUCUCCAAUUCAUCUACCUUCAUCGCCCAGUUCGAUUAGUAGAAGAUCCACCCCUACGCCACCCCCGGGGAAACCCCUAGAGGACUCCUUAUCUCCGUCGACUAAUAACGACAAUUCCACUAAGAGAAUCCGAACCGCAUUCACCAGUCAUCAAUUGCUGGAAUUAGAAAAAGAAUUCUCCUCCAAUAUGUACCUCUCAAGACUAAGAAGGAUUGAAAUAGCGACGUAUCUGCGGUUAUCCGAGAAACAGGUCAAAAUAUGGUUCCAAAACAGAAGGGUAAAGUACAAGAAAGAAGAAUUGCCAUCAAUGAGCAAUGGAAACCCGCACGGGAAAUGCUGUUGUCUUAGAACGUGUUCUAACUCGAGAAAAACUAAUAAUAAGUUGUUGACUACUUCAACCCAUGAUGAAGAACACGAAGAAGUUUGCUCUAAAACUUUCUCGGACAUGCCGUUAUAG